AUGAGAGUGUGUUCUCUGCAUUUUCACUCGGGUAAACCAUCAUAUGAGAUGUUGGAGAAUCACCCUGACUGGACACCAUCCUUGCGAUGCUGCAACACACCUGUGUCAGACUGUGUUGAAGGUGUUCAAAGAUUGUUCAGCAACUCACUCAUGAUGAGGGAAAAGAGCAACAAGGGGAAAAUGCCCCCUCGGAAAUGCGACAUGUGUAGAGUAAUACAGGGUGCUGUUCUGCUGCGUCUUCUCUCGGACUGUCGAGUGCUGGCGACCAUGUCUCACACCGCGGCUGCCGUCUCAAGACUAAAACCGAAGAUGAAGCGAUGA